UGACCAAAGGUGAAAUUCGUCCGGUUCCACCGGCACCGUGUAAACGGUGCGAAAAAUUCGGGUUCCUUGUAAACACCACGUACGGUACGAAUUAUUGAGCGGAUGAAAAUUCGUCCGGUACCGUGUAAACAUAGCCGGUUGACCGGAGUCUGUAUAAACACGCAAGAUGCAUAUUUGCUAUGGACGCUGCGCAUGACUGGUUCUGUCCACGUGUUGAACCAAGUGCGUUCUAUUCUUCGCUUUAUCUUUCGUCAAUAGAAGCAGAGAAGUCAAUCAGUUCAUCACAAUACAAACAAGGCUUAAGAAUUAACAUAACGUACUGUCAACCGUCGGAAAAACUCCGCGCAGGCCAGGGAAGUUGAUCGUCUUGUUACCAUGUUCAGAUUUGUAGCGUUUCUGUGUAUCGCCCUGACAGCGAAGGGAGGGAACUCGGCACAUGUUUUAAUUGGUGGGAUAUUCAGUGAGGAGCACUCGGCUGAAUACGAGGCUUUCAUGAUAGCGGUGGAACUCGCAAGAGCCGUGAUGACACCUGGGAUUACUGUAGACGGAAUCGUGGAGUUCGUAAAUAUCAACGACGACUUGGAAAACACGCAAAAGGCCAUUAGUCUUGUAGAUAGAGGAGCGGUCGCCAUUGUUGGUCCAAUGGAGCUCUUCGGCGUUGAAGCAAUACAAAGAUUUUGCUCCGAGCUUCAGGUACCACAGGUAGCACCGCUGACUGACGGACUGUCAUUCACUUACAACCCAUGCGAGCAACAGUUGUUAACACGCAUGAGCACCGGGUAUAUACCGCUGUUCAAAGCCAUCGUGGACUUGAUUCGCCACUACAAAUGGAAGAAGGUGUCAAUUCUGACCUCAAGAGACAACCAAGGUCGCGAGGGAGUCGCUGACUUCCAGGAGUUGCUAAGUAACGAUGUCGAGGUGGUAAACGUGGAGCAUUUCUACGUCACGCCAGAGCUCAUCAAGAACUCCCUGCGCAUGCUCCUAGAGCUGAUCAACAAGGGCGGGGCUCGCAUCGUGGUGCUCAAGUGUCGCGCCCACUACGUCCCUGUUGUCAUGGCGAUAGCACGGGAAAAGGGCAUGCUGGGAGACUGGGUCUGGAUCUUCACAGAGUCUGCGCUUGAUGAAGUGCAAAUAGUCCCACACGGACACUUGGCAACACGUGACCUGAGAGGUGUGAUUGGCGUACGUCAAUCAAUCGGAAAGGGGCUGUAUAGUAGGAGUGUUACCAAGCACUGGGCAGACUAUUCACAUAACAAGCCACUCACCCCGGUUGUCGGCAGAGUCAUCGACUCAGUACUCGUUAUAGCAAAAGCCAUCCAAAACGCAGUGCAAGCCGGUGAUCAAGUGACUAGUGGCAAUGCAGGUCUGUUUUGCAACCUGACAAGACGAAAUCCUCCGAGUAUCAGCGGUAUAACGCUGAACAAGUAUAUUCAAAAGGUCCAAACCGCGGGGUUCAUGGGAUUUCUUAGCUUCUCUCAAGAUGGCUUCCUUGCCAAUCCAUCAAUUGAUAUCAUCAACGUGAAGGAAAAUGAAUUUGAUAAGGUUGGAGAAUGGAACACAAAGGAUGGACUAAUGAUGGACUCGGACAAGACAGUUGUUUGGAUGAGUGGAGGCCCAGGGACGCCUCGAGACUCCGAGAAUGUAUUGGCGGACAGAACAAUACGAGUCGUCUCUUUCAAAGGUUCGCCUUUUACAAUGCCAGUUGGUAACGUUUCUAGCUCGGUGGACAGGUUCGAGGGUGCAGUGAUAGAUCUCCUCGACAGACUAAGCGAGAUUCUUCACUUUAACUACACCAUCUACAUGUCGCCUGACGGACGCGUAGGCGUGGAGAACCCGGUGACAGGCAACUGGGACGGCGUCAUCAAUGAGCUUAUUCAAGAGAGAGCCGACUUGGCUGUCGGUCCGAUAACCAUCACAUCUCAUCGCUGGAAAGUCAUCGAUUUCACACAACCCUUUAUGACUUCAGGUAUAGGGGUUGUGAUGGGGACCGAGAAUAGCCCUAAACCCUACUUCCGGUUCUUGGAACCUUUCAAGAGUGACUUGUGGAUUACCAUAUUUGGUGCGGUGCUAGGGAUGGGUGUGGUCAACUGGCUUUUUAGUGUUGUCAGUCCGUUUGGGUUUUACGGCAGAUGCGUACAGUCCAUCAACAAACGGGUGAAAAAGUCCUACCUCAAACAAAAGUACUCCCUCAGCUUUCUUAACUCAAUCUGGUCUUCAGCAGCGUACUAUCUCGGACAAGGCCCAGACGGAAACCACCCUGUAUCGGCGUCCGGACGGGCAGCCGUGGCCGUAUGGUGGUUUGUCAUCACAAUACUUGGUGCAACAUACACAGCAAAUAUGGCCGCUUUUCUGACUACCACACGCAUGCAGACGCCUAUCAGAAGAAUCGAGGAUCUUUCAUCUCAGACGGAGAUCGCGUACGGGUGUGUGGAAAACAGCCUGACACAGAACUUUUUUCAGUCGUCUUCGGUACAAAGAUAUCAGAUGAUGUGGGAGUAUAUGAAGCUUCGUCGAUCGCUGCAGCCGGAUACAUACACUGCAAUCGAACGUACACUAAAGGGGAAGUAUGCGUUUAUUCACGACGCACCGAUCCUGGAGUAUCUGGCAAGAAAGACGUACUGUGGUCGCAUUAAACUCAUCGGGGGCUAUGACACGAGGACGUUUGGGAAUGCGCAUUACGGCUUUGCCCUGCCCAAGAAGUCGCCAUACACUAAUCUACUGAGUGUGGAGAUCCUUAAGCUUGUUCAGAGCGGCAUUGCCAAGACGAUGAUCGAGGAAUGGAUGAUCGAACGCACACCAUGUGCCCCUCUAGACGAGGCCGAGGAACAAGACGCCAAAUCCUCAGACACGAGUAAGAUGGGAAUCAAUAACAUGCUGGGCGUGUUUAUCUUCAUGGUGGCGGGUAUAGCGAUCGGGGGCGUGUUGUUAGUGCUCGAGUGGUUCGUCGCAGCCUACUCAGACGUGAAACGGGACAAGCGCAAGAGGAACAAGUUUGUGGGAUUUUGGUGCGCCAUUUGUUCGCGUGUCAUCCGCUCAUGGAAAUAUAGGGGGCGCAUAGCCGCCAAGAUCUCUCAACAAAAGCACGGCAUGACAUUCCACGCCUCUAGAUCUACACAGACUUCAUCUAGCUACAGACCUAUCUUACGAGACAAUGCAAGCGAAACUUCCGUUGCCACACCGACCCUAGCAACACCGACCUUAGUAACACCAAAUACAAGAAUGAAGACGCCAAGUAGGCUAGAGUACAAUACCGGACUGCUAUCUAGAAGAUCAGAUAGCGUAGAGUUAUAGCACAGGUAGCCCUAACUCUCUAUUUGUCCUUAUUGAUAUUACGGUAAACAUUGUACGAAAAAGAGUGAAAAAUAAAAAAAAAUAGCUUGUUGAAAAGAAUGA